AAUUUGAAGUUUGUUCUUUGUUCUUUCUCUCACCCUUGCAACGCGCGCCAGAGCUUUUUUCACUUUUUCUGUGAAAGAGGGCGGGCGGAGCGUGUGUGAAGUUUGUUAAUGAGAAGUGGAGAAGUUUUGAAUCGCUCGCGUGACACACACACAGUGUGCGUCAGUUCGUUCCUCGCGGGGGACCACUGGAGCUCCAGCGUCGCGUUCGAGGAUCUCGACGCUGGAAGUUUACUUGUUUGAUUUUUAAAGUCUGUACUAUUCUUCUGUCGACGCUGCCGAAGGAGUGAUCGACUUCGCAACCGAGAAAAUGCUACGCGGGACGGCUUCUUGGAGGUGAACGUUUGAUGAAGUUUCAGGGCGACCGGGCGGGAGCAGCGAUGGCCUCGGACCAGUCGCCGCGUGCCAACGUGCAGGUGCUCCGCAACCUGUUCAACGACAAGGACAUCCUGCCCAUGCGAAUGCUCCGCUCUGGCGACCUGCACCCGAGCCUCACCAAAGAGCCGGCCGGUCCGGAGACCUCGCCGCCAACGCCGAGCGGAGUGCGGAUACCUCGGCCCACCCUGGCCCCCAAACCGUCGCGUCCCGCGCUGCCCACCGUUAGCAUCCGUGUCCAGCAGCCGACGUCAGUCCGCAACGACGGAACGGACAACUCGCCGUCUUCCACCCGAGAACGCGCCGACCGGCGCAGUCCAAAGCCUGACGCCGUUCACGCUCCUUCCCCGCCGCCCCCGGCGACGCCAAAAAAGUCGCCGGACGUCGCCAAGCCACGUCUUUUGCCCGUCGUGAGCCUGUGCAGGAAGAAGGACGGCCAGGGCACUGCGGACGAACGCCUCUGCAAAAAGGACAGUUCUCCCAAGGAAAACUAUUGUCCCAAGGGAGGUUACCUUUCGAGGAGGGAGUACAUUUCCGACGCUGGUUACGCAUCCCGCAAGGGCCCCCCAACAAACAGCGACUCUCGUUUGGAUAAGAGCUCCGUUUCCAACGACGACUCCUUGUCGAGGGGGAGUCUGGACUUGCCGGAGGCAUCGGACUCCGGGAGUGUCAGGUCGUCGUCGGGGUCCGGACGACGGAGCGACGGCGGCGAAAGGGAGUCGACGUGGCGUCGGCGCAGUCUUCCGCCGCCGACGGGUCUUCCCGCCCCGCCCAAGCCGCCGCGUACGGAUGCCAUGCGCCUGCCGCCAGGGUUGACUCCGCCCCCUCAAGACGCGAGGCUUGGCGAUCUUGCGCAGCGGGAGAGGCCACCGGUGCCGGCGAGGGCGGUUCCGACGAGGCCGCCACCGCAGCCUCCGUCGCUGCCACCACCCAGAGCGACCCCUCCUCAGUCGCCGGUCGGAGGCCCCGAGGAGGAAGACCUGUACGGGGACACAGAGGUGCCUCGGCAGCCCUCUUCCCCCAUCCCCGAGUACACGGAGGAUGAGGAGCUGGGGAGGGGCUCCGAGGAGGAGCUGUACGCCGACACAGACCGGGACGAGGCGCCCGUGCUGCCACCAGCAAGGAGCGCCAGGCCCAUCGCUCCACCGCCCGCCUCCCAUCCCCCGAUGACCGGCAGCACGUCUCCCGCGGAGGAGCUUUACCAGGAUAGCACACUUGGCCAGGAGGAGGAGAUGUACGAGGAGAUGCCCAUGGACCAAGAAAAGAGGCAUUCCUCCACGGCGUCUGACAAGGCCGAUCGCUCUGCCAAAAAGGAGGGAAAGUCCAAGGACAAGAAGGACCGGGAAAGCGAGAAGCUACGGAAAAAGUUUGGACUGGAGGGUGGCGAGGAGCCCCUGGACACGGGGCGUGCCCGCCGCAGCAGCCGGGGGGGCCGCCUGGACCUGGCCCUGCGGGGAGGGGAGGCCGUGCUCAUCCUCCGCAUGGACCGGAACCCCCCGGGCAAGUGGCUGGUCAAGAACGACAGGGGGGACGUUGGCUACGUGGAGCUGACCAACAUUGAGGUAGAUGCCGAAUCCAUCAAAUUCGUCAUGACAUCGCGGAAGGCGUUGUCCCCCAAUUAUGAUAAGGAGCCUAGUGAUUCUCCACUGAUUGAUGAUGAAGAAGAAGCAAUUUACGAAGAAACAUAUUAGGGUGAUCGCCAUCUCGGCAACAAAAAAAGUCAUCGACCUCUCGGCGCCGUCGGGCAAACGAGCGUUUUGGACUGCCUAGCAGCAGCCUCGCGGAAACGUCACUUUAGUCAUGAAGAUUGCACGGUUGGACGAGGUUCACCCGACUGCGUCUGCUUACAAAUUGUUGUCUCCCAUGUUUUGUACAGCAAAGCUCAAAUAUACCGCGUGUUGUUUGUCCAA